AGCUCUGUAAAUGGUGUUGCUCAAGGAUAUAUAAGCGAGAGGGUUAAGGGCUCUUGGCAUUCACUCGAGUCCGCCUUGGUUUUCACUCGCCUCAACGCAGCGCAAAAGAAUAAAAAAUGGCCUUCGCUGGUGUCCUCAACGAUGCUGAAGUCAAAGCCGCCCUUGAUGGCUGCGCAGCUGCUGACUCCUUCGACUACAAGAAGUUCUUCAAGGCAUGCGGCCUGGCUGGCAAGUCCUCUGAUGAGGUCAAGAAGGCCUUCGCCAUCAUUGACCAGGACAACAGUGGCUUCAUUGAGGAGGAGGAACUGAAGCUGUUCCUGCAGAACUUCUCUGCCGGUGCCAGAGCACUCACCGACAAGGAGACCAAGACUUUCCUGUCUGCUGGUGACAGCGAUGGUGAUGGCAAGAUCGGAGUUGAUGAGUUUGCCGCCCUUGUAAAGGCAUAAAUUUCCAUUGACCAAGAACUACUUCUUUUCAUGGAACUGCGAACUCCUUGCAAGAUUCAGUAUCAUCAGCUGAAAGAAUAUUUUUUAUACCUUAUUUAUGAGUUGCCUGCGGACUGUUUCUCAACAUUCAAACACAUAUUUACUGCCUAUGUAAAUAUUAUUGUGUUAAUGUUUUGAAAAUGAUUUGUGCAAAUUGUACAACACCAAAUGCACUUUUGAGGAAGAGUGAAUAACCAGGAAUAAAUACUCUUUUGGUGUAAAGUGA